CUUUUCUGUAAUAUUUUAAUACUCUGUGUUAGUCGUGACCACAAAACCUUGUGAAUGACGACCCUUAGUCGGUAAGAGCUUCACAAACACACUCUCUCUACCGAAAGCUUAAAUCCCAAUCUUCAUUCAGAAACUCAAUCCACAAUCUUCAAUCCAAACACACCCUUAAAAUCAAAAUCCAAAAAAAUCACGCAUUCGAUCAAAGGCCAGUCCCAACGACAUCCCAACCAACGGCCCGCAACGGAAUUCUAACGUGCUAUCUCCUACGAUCGUCGUGGCCCACUUGAAGUUUCUCCAAUAUGGAGAUAGAGAUCAGCUUGGAAGAAUCUGAACCGUUUUUUUGAUAAUCUGAACUGUUCAUUCGAUCUUUGGAGUUGAAUUUGAAGUGGGUUUUUCUUACUAAGUGUUAGUUCUUAGUGAGGAGAUUGAAUUAUGGGAUUCUCUUUGUAGUUUUUGGAGUCUCCACAUAUAUACGUAGCAUCCAUACUCUUAGAAGUGUAGAGUGCCAAAAUCCUUGUGUUGUAGAAAUAUCAGGAUUGCAAUUGGGUGGGAUAUUGGGAAUUCGACGGCACGACUGCUACGAUAGUGAAACUUGAAGGUUUGGACGGUGAGGAAGCAUGGACGGAGCUCCGGCAAAGGAGGAGACGUUACCUCCCGGUUUUCGAUUUCAUCCAACCGAUGAAGAACUCAUCACAUAUUAUCUGACCCACAAGAUAUCGGAUUCCAGUUUCACCGGACGGGCAAUCGCUGACGUUGAUCUCAACAAAUGCGAACCGUGGGAUCUUCCAAGCAAGGCGAAAAUGGGAGAAAAGGAGUGGUAUUUCUUCAGCCUUCGGGACCGGAAAUAUCCAACAGGCGUUCGGACGAACCGUGCGACGAACGCCGGCUACUGGAAAACGACGGGCAAAGACAAGGAGAUCUUCAACAGCGUCACGUCGGAGUUAGUCGGAAUGAAGAAGACGCUCGUGUUCUAUAGAGGAAGAGCUCCAAGAGGGGAGAAAACAAAUUGGGUCAUGCAUGAGUAUCGCUGUCAUUCGAAAUCUGCCUAUAAAACCACCAAGGAUGAAUGGGUGGUAUGCCGCAUCUUCCAAAAGAGCUCUGGCGUGAAGAAAUAUUCAUCGACCCAAUCAAGGACGAACCCGUACCACCUUGACAUGGCCCCCAACAACAUCCUCCCAUCCAUGAUUCAGGGUGACAUUAGCCAUUUUGGCCCGGGAAGGGGCUAUGUCCAUAACACGGACUUGGCAGAGUUGAACAGGGUCCUCAGGGGCUCAUCGAGUGCGAAUCUACCGAUCCAACCACAGUUCAAUUACCCCGGGGCUUUCACACUAUCAGGGUUGAACUUAAACCUUGGUGCAUCGGCCCCACCAGUCAUUCGGGCCCCGCCCGCUAUCCAAAAUCAACCAAUGAUGGCCACAAAUGGACCACCAACGAUGAUGGGUGGUUGUGUCCAAGUGACUGACAAUGGGAUAUGCUCAGACAUGAACCCAAAUGGGAACAAUAGGUACCAACACAUGGACCCAUGUGUGGACCUUGAUGGGUACUGGCCUACUUACUAAGGAAAUGAGACCUUGAUUAGGGAAAAGAGAGAGAUUAGGGAGAAAAUGUGUAUCAAUCUUGUUGAUAGUAUUUUGUGUAGUGACAGUAGAAUAUUUUUGUUGUUUUAUUUUUAUUUUAAGGUAAUAGUAAUGGAAUGCAUAUUUAUCUUUGCUC